CGAAAAACGGAAGGGCGGUUCAGCCAAUCAGCUGGUGUGGAGGCGGGAGGUGGCGCGGCGCGAGCGGUGGCGGAACGGAGCGGAGCGGUGGCCGGGGCGGACAGAGGGACACAGAGAGCCGAGAGGGAGCCCGAGGUGACCCACGGCCAGCCACGUAACCUCUACCUGGAGCCGUCCGGGGACGGGAGAAAACGAUCGGCGCCGGUCCGGAGAUCAGCGAUGAGGGGGAGGAGCAGUGUCAAGGGAUCCCCACAGUCGCCGGUGUUCGAGGGGGUCUACAACAACACGCGGAUGUUGCACUUCCUGACUGCAGUUGUGGGGUCCACGUGUGAUGUGAGAGUGAGGAAUGGCACCGUCUAUGAGGGGAUCUUCAAAACACUCAGUUCCAAGCUAGAGCUGGCCGUGGACACAGUGCACCGGAAGAGUGCAGACACAGCAGCUGGCCCCAAGUGUGAAGACAUCAUUGAUACCAUGAUCUUUAAACCUUCCGAUGUUGUGGUGGUGCAGUUCCGUGAUGUGGACCUCAACUACGCCAUGAGAGACAAGCUGACGGACCCGAUGGUGAGCACCAAGGUGAAUGGGGAGCAUCGUGAGAGCCCCCUGCAACCCUGGGAGGGCGGUGGAGAUAACAACAGCGAUGACUUCGACCUAGAGUCUGAUGUGUCCAACGGCUGGGAUGCCAAUGAGAUGUUCCGCUUCAAUGAGGAGACAUAUGGUGUGAAGACUACGUACGACAGCAGCCUCUCCUCCUACACGACGCCCCUGGAAAAGGACAACUCAGCUGAGUUCCGGCAACGAGAAGCCAGAGCCACCCAGCUGGCCAAAGAGAUUGAGUCCAGUCCCCAGUAUCGGGUGCGCGUCUCGAUGGAGAAUGAUGAUGGGCGCACGGAGGAGGAGAAGUUCAGUGCCGUGCAGAGACCUUCACCUGAUCGUGACAGCCCCAGCAUGAACUCCAGGGAUAGUAAGUACAUCCCCCUCCCCCAGCGAAGCAGGGAAGGCAGCACCAGGGGAGGAGGCCUGAGGUCCAGCAUGCCCCGGGGUGGACGAGUGGGCUCGCUCCCCCCACGGGGGGGAAUCCAUCAUCCUGACUCUAGCUGCAGCCCAUCGCCGGACCAGCGAGUGAUUAACGGAGGACCUUCCCGAAUGUCACCCAAGGCUCAGAGACCCACCCGUGGUGGUAAGCCCCUAAUGGGAAGGGGGGGAUCUGCUUCCGACAGCUCUCCACAUUCUCAAGCCUCGGGUAUAAACCGGCCUUACCACCCCCGCUCCCCGAAGUCCAGUGUGGGUUUACCUGCACUCUCUGCCCAGGAGCUCCCAGGCCCAGUACCUGCUCCAACCUCCCCACCAGAAGCCAGGAGGGCCCCGCCUCCCCCUUCCGUCGGCACUGACACUUCUGGCUCGCCAUCUCCCGGCUCGUCGUCUCCCAAGCCAGCCACCCCAGCUCCAUCCUUCACCACAGACGUGAAAGAUCUCGGGACUGUCUCUGGGAAGGAUCUGCCCCGGCCAGUGGAGAUCCCCUCCAGUAAUGCCCAGGAGAUGGGCAAAGUGGCGGUCAAAGGUAUUGUCCCUUCUAUGUCAGACCAGAAACGGAAUCAGAUUGAGGAGCUGAAGAAGUUUGGAGAAGACUUCCGGCUCCAGGAGCUGGGAAGUGCCCCCUCCAGGCUGAAGGAGGUGGUGGAGAAGCCUGGCGAGGGGGUGGAAGAAGGCUGUUGCCCCUCUCGUGAGCCCACAGGCAAUCUGCCAGCUUCCACUGAGCUGACGGGGGAGGGACCAAUUCCUCCCACUCUUGCUGCCGGCCCCCCACCGGCCCCCGAGGCCGGGGAGAGGCGAGACGACAGGAAGCCUGGGGAGACAACGGAGGGGGCAAUGCCAGCCCCACCAAGUCCCCAGGGCAAGAGCGACGGAGGCGAGGAGGAGAAGGAGGGCAUGUCGGAGCAAGUGAAGAAGUCAACCUUGAACCCCAACGCAAAGGAAUUCAAUCCCACCAAGACACACAUACCCGUGACCAAGCCAGCCAGUACCCCAACGCCCCCGCGCCCUCAGACUCAGCCCAGCCCUUCCAUUGUGGUGACGCCAGGCCAGAAUGCUAUCUACAAUGCUCAGUACAUCUCUUACGUGCAUGGUAUCCACAUGAACCCCACCGUCCAGGGACCCCAGGUCUAUCAGUACACCAUUCCCCCAGUUCAGGUCAGCCAGAGUAAACCAUUCCGAACCACUAAAGGUUCUGUGCCCCCUCAGCGCUCUGAGCAGCACCACCCUCCAUCUGCACCACCUAUCAUGCAAGCUGCCUCUGCUGCUGGGCCUCCACUGGUGGCAGGGCCCUACUCGCCCCCUUACUUGCCCUAUGGGCCCCAGCAGUUCACUGGACAGCCGACCAUGAUGCAGGCCAUGGCACAGUACCACUCACAGCCGGUCUAUGCCUCCAUGAUUCAGAGCAACACAAGGAUGAUUGGAUCCGCUCCUCACCCACAGGCAAUUGUGUCCAGUUCCGGCCCCCAGUACCCCUCUACUGAGCAGGCUCCUCCCCAAGCGAUGUACGUGUCGGCGCAGGUGCCUCAGGCGUACCCCCACGCCACACCGCUUCACCACCACAGCACACACCCUCAGCCAGCAACCACCCCCACCGGCAACCAGGCCCAAGGACAGCAUGCUGCCCCCAGCCCUGUGCAGCAGCACCAGGGCAGCCAGCCCCCUCACAUAUCGAAUACGCCAGGCCAGCAGAGCCUUUACCAUGCCGCGUUGACCCCCACCCCACCGUCCAUCACACCUGCCCCCAAUCCCCAGUCCCCACAGACGAGUUUCCCACAGCAGGCUGUCUACGCCAUCCACCCCCACCAGCAGCUGCAGCACGGGUACACCAACAUGGCACACGUCACACAGGCCCACGUGCAGUCAGGGAUGGCUGGACCCCACCACCACCCUGGACCCUCGCACCACACGCAGGUGAUGCUGCUGCCAGCUCCACAGACACAUGGACAUGGGGGUCCCACCCAGCAGGGCGCCCCCCACAGCGGCGUCCCGGCCAUGUCUGCCAAUGCCACCACUCACUACACCUACAUCGGGCAUCCCCAAGUGCCUGUGCAGACCCACCAGCAGCCGCUGUUCCAUCCACAGGGGAACUGAGGGCUUCCAUAAGCCCGCUUCGCGCCGGCACGGAGCCAGUGACUGGGGAUGGGCCUCCUCGUGGCUUGCCAGAAUCCCUCCCCAGUGCCCGGAGUGAGCCGUGCUUCCCGAUCCUUUCAGUCCCCUCCCUUUCUCCCUCCUUGAGCCAGUGGGAGGCUGAUUCCCGCCCUCCAGCAAGACUGAGCUGCUCCGGGUCAGGAGGAAUGGAGACGGGAAGUUGUCAGCAAUCAGUGGGGGCAUGGUGGAGCAGAUGGUAACUGCUAAACUACACCUUUGCAUCCCUCCUUUUCCCCUUCCUCUUCACCCAAACCAACUGUCCAUCUUUGCUUCUCUGAUCCUAAUGGUCCACCCCUCCCACAUCCCCUUCUUACCGCACUCAUCUCUCCUCUCCCUUCUCUGAUCUCUCCACCCCUCCUGCGAUCUCUCCACCCCUUCUGCCUUCCUUCACCUUUGCUACUGCUCCACUCCCUUAACUUUGUCGCACCCCCGCCCUCUCUCUCUGCCACUUUCCCAUC